CAGCAGUUAGCACUAUGGGCGUUAGAUGAGGAGUUCCUGAAACGACCUUUUCUAAAUUUUGACCUGGGUCUUCUGGAUCACAGAAAUAAAUUCAGAUAGAACGGCGAUGAUGCACUUUUUCAAACGGCCGAAGCGUGUCAUCUUUUUCAUAAACAACUUGAGAAUGCAUAUUUAGUGAAGUAACACAAAUACCUAUAUUGUUGAAAUGUUUUCAUAAAUUUAUGUUUACAACCUGCAGGUACAACUAAAAAUGUGACAACCAUUCCCUCCAAGGGAAGUGUAGGCAUUGAUGCGCGCAACAAGCUGGACUUGCCCUUGAUCUUAUUACACUAUGGUAAACCCGUUGCCAAUCAAAUUGGGUAUUUUUGAGAAAACUUUGAGACGUCGUAACUUAUUUAUAUUUAUGAAACAUUUAAAAUAAAAAUAGAUAGUGUUUUUUAUCACCCUUUAUGUGUCUGUCUUCGGUGACAGUUCAUGAUAAAAUAUGCCUUUUUUUAUAACCCUUUAUGUGUCUGUCUUCUGUGUCAGUACGUGAUAAAAUAUACCAUCUUAUCAGACGUAAAUGCAGGCUUGAGGAAGUAGAGUAAUAUUGUCAUUUAAUAUUUUUCGCGCAGAGCGCGAGUGGUAGACACUCUUUUAUUUCAUAUAAUUCAUAAAAAAGGUGAGUUUUUAAUUUCAUAUUUACAUAGAGUUAGCUCAAACCAGCAGUUCUUAGAACCCAGCUAGAACACCAUAACUUUUUUAGUCUUUAAAUACAUUAUUAUCUACUUACAAUAUCGCACAAAACUCAGUAAUAUCUGUAUAAAUUAGUACAUUGAUUCUUUUACAGGUGUACAAUGUCUGUAGAAGACGCCAUAGAAAAAAUCAUUGGUAGAUUUGGUAGAUAUCAAUCAUGGAUAUUGGUGCUGUGUAUAGCUUCAAAAUACCCAAUAGAAUACCAAUUGACGAAUGUUGUCUUUAUCCUACCAAGUGUAAAUUACAUCUGUCUAGACGAGGGUGCCAAUAAUAAUACCAAUUACUGUCCAUGUGACAAUCCUCUGUACGUAACGGACGAUAUUGUUAGCUCAAUUACAAGUGAGUUCAAUUUGAUAUGCAAUAGGCAAUCACUUGCAAGUUUAUCCCAAUCGAUACUCCAAGUAGGCAUACUACUAGGUAGCCUAUUCUUCGGAUAUAUAUCAGACCGUUAUGGAAGAAAGAUUACAUUAAUAACUGCACAACUAAGCACCGUAACAUUUGUGGCGCUAUCUGCAACAGGAAAACAAUUAUGGAUGUUUAUUAUCUGUCGAUGCUUGAUAGGAGCAGGCGUCGGGGGCACUAUGCUCUGCUCUUACAUUUACAUUAUUGAAUUCAGUGGAAAGUCUUUCAGAUCACAAGCGACUGGUUUGCAUGAAAUGUCUUACAUAUCUAGUUACUUUUCACUGGCUGUUAUCGCAUAUUUUGUCAGAGAGUGGCGGUAUUUGCAACUGGUUACAUCUGUGCCCUGGGUAUUUGUAAUCAUAUACUUCUGGAUUUUACCAGAAUCGCCUCGCUGGCUUAUAACUGUUGGAAGAAAGAAAGAAGCAAUUGUCCUAUUAACGCGUAUUGCCAAAAGAAACAAUCGUUCUACUGAAGAUAUCGAAAACAUAAUCAAUAACAUCGAAAGUGCACCGAAAGACCAACGUGGUUCCUAUAUAGAUGUCGUAAGGACACCAAAAAUAAGAUUCUAUACCAUGAUCAACGUAUUAGUGUGGAUGUUCUGUGCUCACACUUACUUCGGCAUCAACCAGUACGUCGGCCGUCUGCAGGGUAACUUAUAUAUGAAUGUGAUGCUAUCUGCGGCCAGCCAUUUGCCUGGCAACACCAUAACCGUUUUGGCGGCAAUAUAUAUAAAACGAAAACUGUGCGUGAUCACCUAUUUCUGCGUGGUAGCGGUAUCUCUACUCCUUUUUAUAGUGAUCCCCAGCGAGUGGCAAGCUGUUACUUUAACAUUUGCUUUAAUAGGUUCGACAGGAUCACAUUAUUCAUUUGUUUUAGUUUACUUGUACACGGCGGAAGUAUUUCCUACAGUAAUUAGAAACUCAGCAAUGGGUCUAGCUUCAAUGUUUGCGAGAUUUGGCGGUUUCAUCGCUCCUUUUGUAGUCAACAUAGGUAUUGAGUGGGUGUCUAUUUUAAUAUUUAGCGGCUUUGCUUUAUUAGCAGCCAUUAUGUGUUAUUGCUUACCAGAAACUAAGGACACAACUCUCUUAAAUACAAUAGAACAAACAGAAAACCGGAAAGAUAUUCCAAUAGAUAGAUCAAUAAAAUAAUAAUUGGACAUAAUUAUGUUUUUGAAAUAGUUUCCGAUCUUAUCUAAUUUAAGUUGUAUAUGUACAAUCAAAAGCACGCUCAGCUUUAAACCUCGAAUAUAAAAUCGAAUUCUAU